GUAAUACAUUUUCUCAAGCUCAGUAUGCAAAGUACAGGACAGUUUAAAUGUAUAUAUAUAUAGCUGGAGAAUUUUGCAAAUGUCCGAUACUAACGAUACACCUACAACAGUUAAAUCAUCGAUAUACUCCACUUCAAAUGAUGACAAUAAAUGUCUAUCAAGCGAUAGUAAACCAUAUAACGAUUCUAUAAGUAAUUCUACUUGUAAUGAAGAUGUUCCAUGCUGUUUAAAAGAAGAAGGAUAUCAAAUGUUUCGGAACAGUUCACAAAAAGGUGUACAUUUUUCAAAGUCCCCUCGAAAAUCUGUAGACUCUCCAACCAAAACAACAAAUGCAAACUCUAAAAAUUGUAAUUUAUCUCCGGAGAUAAUAAAUUCCCCAGUGAAAGAAGAACAUACUACAAGUUCAAACUCUUCAAUAAAUGGAGCAGGUAAAAACUGGAAAAAUGUUCGUCAUACAAUGAAAUUUGUUCUGUCAAACAAAUCUAAAAGCAAAUCAGAACAUGAUGAUUCUAGUCGUGAUUCUUUUCUAUAUCGCUUUUCAACACAAAGACGUGGAACAUAUACACGAGAACAUGAGAAUCUCAAUGAAACACCAUUACUAACUUAUCAAACAUCUUUUAAAAAUAAAAAUGAUACCAAACCACAAAAUGAUGAUUAUUCACAAAGUGGUACAUUAUAUGAAUCAUGGUUUAAUCAACAACAACAACAAUCAGAGAUUGAUGAUAAACAACAUGAAAUUGAACAUUUAAUUAAAUCAUCCUCAUCACAAUGUUCCAUUGUAGAUAACUUAAUCAAUAAACCAGAAAUUGAACCAAUGGAUACUGGUCAAAAUGAUUCAUUUUCAUCACCUGAAAAUCUAAAUCCUGAUCAUCAUAAAAUAGAAAUUGAUAUUGAAAAAUCAAUAAAUUGGAAAAAACACAUCUUAUUAUCAUUUAAAAUACCAAUGAAUUUUUUUAUAUUUCAUUCAAAUAGUUCCGGUUAUUUAAUAUGGUUAACAUUUGUAUCCAUAGCAUUAUUAUAUAAUUUAUGGGCACCAAUAGCACGUCAAGCAUUUACUGAAUUACAAAUAACUUAUCAAUUAUUAUGGUUUACUUUAGAUACAUUUGCUGAUUUAACUUAUUUAAUUGAUAUAUUUGUACAAUGUAAUACAAGUUAUUUAAAAUGUGGAUUAAAAGUACGUGAUCAUCAAAAAUUAGCUAAAUGUUAUAUGAAAUCAUAUAAAUUUCUAUUAGAUUUAUUAUCAUUAUUUCCAUUAGAUUUAAUACAAUUUAAAAUUGGGAUACAACCAAUGUUACGUUUUCCAAGAUUUUUCAAAUGGUAUCGUUGUCAUGAAUGGAAAAUACGUGUAGAAAAUAGAACUAUAUUUCCUAAUUUAUGGAGAGUAUUAAAUUUAAUUCAUAUAUUAUUCUUAGGUUGUCAUUGGUUUGCUGCAUUUUAUUAUUUAUUAUCAAAAUAUGAAGGAUUUAAAAAUCCAUGGGGUUAUCAACCAUAUAAUAAUAAUAAUAAUAUUAAUAAUAAUAAUAAUGAAAAUGAUACAAUAUCACGUAUAUAUUUAAAAUCAUUUUAUUGGGCUACAUUAACAUUAACAACAAUUGGAGAUCUUAGUGCACCAACAAGUAGUAUAGAGCUUACAUUCACAAUUGUAUCAUAUCUAACUGGGGUAUUUGUAUUUGCUACAAUUGUAGGUCAGGUAGGAAAUAUCAUUACAACAAGAAAUGCUGAUCGUAUUGAGUUUGAGAAAAUUUUGGACCACGCUAAAAGUUACAUGCGGGCUAAUUCAGUUGAUAAAGAUUUACAAAGUCGUAUUCUAAGAUGGUAUGAUUAUGCAUGGUCUAAAGGUUGCGGUGGUGGUGGUCAAGAUAUUAAUACAAUAGGUUUAUUACCAGAUAAAUUAAAAACGGAAUUAGCUCUUAAUGUGAAUUUGGAAACAUUGAAAAAAGUAACUAUUUUUCAUGAAUGUCGACCAGAAUUUUUACAUGAUAUUGUUUUGAAAAUGCGUCCACUGGUUUUCACACCGGGUGAUUUAAUAUGUCGUAAAGGUGAAAUAGCACGUGAAAUAUUUAUCAUUGCAGAUGGUGUACUUGAAGUUUUAAGUGAUUCUAAUGAAGUUUUAUCAAAGAUGAGUGCUGGUGAUUUCUUUGGUGAAAUCGGAGUGCUGAAUGUGGAUGGAGUAAAUAACUUUAAACCAAAUGAAGAGGCUAAAGUACUCAAUCGAUCAUAAAGGUUUUCAAAUCGGGUAUUGAUUGUUACUUCAGAGAUUUGUGUUGUAGGGACAGAAAAAUAAGAAACUCAGAGAAUAUGCCUCCUUUUCAUAAAUGGACCAUACAAUGAAGAAUAAACUAAUGACAUAUUUAUCAGAAUUGAUUGGGAAAGAAGGCAGAUGAAUAUUAUUAUUACAGCAAGACUUUUCCAGCUUAUUUCUGAUCCCUUCAUUCAUUUUCAAAAUAACAGUACUACAAAAAUUGAUGAAUUUAAUAUGGCAAACAAUAGACAUUUCUCUUGUUACAGGUAAUGCUUAAGUAUGCAAUUCAAUUAAAUUGAUCAACUUAACACGACAUUUGUCUACAUAGAAUUUCCUCAGUCGAAUAAGAUUUGUAAUAUUUUGUUGGCCGAAUAUUCUUACAUAACUGAUUCUGAAAUAUUUAACUUGACAAUCAAGAUUUAUAAAAAUCCAGUUUCACACGUUCUAAUAUAAUUUUGCACUUGAGGUUAACAAGUUUAUAUAACCCUUUAUUAAUUUGUGUAGGGAGUCUUCUUUUCGGAAAUUUCAGGAAAGAAGGCUCCCUACACUAAGUUUAGGUCUUAAGAGGAAUUUGAGGGUAGGAUUUGAUUUUUGGGUAAUCUUUUAAUAAAAAUAGCAAGUGGGUCAAUAAGAAGAGAAUUAAAUAGGAAAAGUGACUGAACAGGUAAGUACACAUUUCUUUAACUUUGUACCUUUACAGUACAAAAUAAACUUUAUCAAGAUCUUUAGUUAUAGAGUAUGUAAUUUAUAUUCUACGGAAACGUUUGAAGAGGAACUAAACGCCUUUCAUACCUGCGGAUACCUUCCAGUAUAUAUAAGCAGAGAUGUAGUGGAGAUAGUGAAUAACUCGAUACUGUUGCAUGCAGUAUAAAUUGAUUAUACUGAUGGCAUGAAUUAAUCAUUCUCAGUCAUUUAUCGAACCUGAAGCAAAUUUAUUGAAAAAAUGAUCUUCAUUCAUAUUAUCAGAAUUGGGUUCAUGGAGAUUGUAGUAAUUUUAAUAUUUGAAUUCAUGAGUCCUAUACUAGGACGAAACGUCCGUCCAGUGCUUCUAGGUUUUCAAUGGUAAUCUAGCUUAUUUAAUUCAUAUGUUAGUUUGAUGGAGUGGGGGGAUUUUAAAACAUUUAGUAGCCUAUGGAAAUGAAUUAUAAAUAUAUCGGGUAGGGGUGCAUUUUAUAUGUACUGUUAAUAUAUAACAGAUUAGUAUUUUGCCAAAUAAAUAACAUAUCAUCAGUCAAAUUAUUUUGGGGGACAAAUCAUUCUUAGUUUAACGUGAAAUGGUUCACAUGGUCGUAUGAUAAAUAUAUUAGCCUAUAGAAGGAAAAAAAAGAUUACAUAAUAAAGUUAUCUGAGAUUUGGAAUAUCGAAGGAUGAAAGGUGGGACAUGUUUCAUUUUGCACGCAUAACUUGGUUUCGAAUCGUUGAAUUUCUAAUACUUUAGCAAUACACAAGAUGUUGAUACGAUUUCCCUUUGAUCUACUUCUUUUGAAUCUCAAUAUUACUGUAAAAGACGAUUACAUUGGAGCAAUGAGCCCAGAAAUGAUGAGCCCGUGAUAGUGUUGUAUUGCUAUUUUAAAAAUCAUGACUAGUAAUGUUCUGAAAUACGUUUAAAAAGUGUUCGCUUAGGAUGAAUCAAUGUAGCUAGCCUCACAAAUGCAAAUGAACUUAUUGAUGUAGCUCAAAGCGGAAAUUUAUAUUUAACAUAUCCAUGAAUGAUAUACCGGGUCGAGAACACAACAUAAAUCUUUUCUCAGAGAUUUCGAAAUUCAUUUAUUCAAGUUUUCCAUGUUUAAUAGUUGAGUCGAUAAGUCAGUCGAAGCUGGACCACCAUGGAAAACCUGGAAACACUAAACUACUUUUUCAUCCUAGUGUGAGACUUCUCAGCAGUGAGCAUCCACGAUCUCACCCCGUCAAAUUCUAAUCCAAAACCCUAUUCAUAUUUACCAAACAAUUAUAAAUACGAACAUAUAGCUUAAGUAAAUAGUUUUGUCGGAUAGAAAUAUUUGUUCUUUUAAUUCUUGUAAAUUGUAUUCCAUUCAGUAAAAAAGACAUUGUGUUUUAUGUUUAAACAAUAAAAGCUUUAAGUAGAAACUCUUAUUUAUCUUGGUUAUAAUGUUCUUAUAUUCUUAGACAACUAUUUAAUAACCCCAAUGAAUUUAACUUUUUUUACUGUAUAAACAAUAGGAAUAAAAAGAUAUUUAUAUAAGAUAAAUGAUAACUAUCCUUUCUUUUUUCUUGUUUGUUUAACAAAUAAGGUACUGAAAUUAGCUACAAAUACAAGACAUUAAGCAAUGAAUUACAUUGAAUUUUAACUGGAAAGUUUUAAAGAACACUUAGUAUCACAUCUACAGAAUUCAUUAUCGUUUAAUUAAUAAAAGUCUAAUUGGAUCUAAGUGGAAUACAUUCAACAUUCUUAGUUAUUUAUGUUAUUUUACCAUGUGAUGAACUCAUAUUCAAUUGAUUCUAACUGAAAAUUAUGAUUGACUUCACUAGUUGAUCUAAGCUAGAUCACUAGUGUAAACCUGGAAGCAUUGGAUAGUCGUCUCAUCCGAGUAUGGGGCUCUUCAACAGUGUGCAUCCAUGAUCCCGCAUGUAGGACUCAAACCCAGGACUUUCGGUCUCGUGUGCGAAUGCUUAACUUCUAGAUCAAUGAGUCAGUAUCGAACAGCGUUAAUGUGUAACUUCAAUUGAUCCAUGAUCAUGCACAACCCUAUAUCUAUUAGCAGUAGUCUAGAUGUUAAGAGUUUGUCCGUGAGACUGAUUGUUCUGGGUUCAAGCCCCGCACGCGAGGUCGUGGAUGCGCAUUGUUGAGGAGUCCCAUACUAGGACGAAACGGCUGUCCAGUGCUUCUAAGUUUUCAGUGGGAGUCUAGCUUAUAGUGAUUCGUGAAAAUACUUAAUUAAAUAUAAAUAAAAUUUCACAGUUAAACAACCAUAUAUAUCAGUAAGAUUUCAUGUGCUAUACCACACAUGAAUAUAUUUCAUAAUCCUAUUUUCAUUUUACUUAGACGAACAGCUGAUGUACGUGCUG